AUGGGUUCUUCUUCUCAAAAGUGGGGUGUAGGGUUACUUCUUGUCUUGAGCAUUUUCUUGGAAUUGAGUGCCAUCUCUUUUGGUGAUGAUAAACUUGAUGAGUCGAGGUGGGGUAAUGAUAAUGGUUGCGGUAGAUUUGGUAGGAGAGGUUGCGGUGGACGUGGAGGAUGGGGCGGACGCGGAGGACGUGGUGGAUGGGGAGGGCGCGGUGGACGUGGUGGAGGUGCUGGAGGAGGUUUUGGAGGCGGAGCUGGUGGAGGAGGAGGUCUUGGGGGAGGAGUAGGUGGUGGGGGAGGUCUUGGUGGAGGAGCAAGUGGACUAGGUGGAGGAGGAGGAGGAGGUCUCGGUGGAGGAGCAGGUGGUGGUGGUGGACUAGGUGGAGGAGCGGGAGGUGGAGUAGGUGGCGGAGGAGGUCUUGGGGGAGGAGCAGGUGGUGGAGGAGGACUAGGUGGAGGAGGAGGUCUUGGUGGAGGAGCAGGAGGUGGAGGUGGACUAGGUGGAGGAGCGGGAGGUGGAGGAGGUCUUGGGGGAGGAGCAGGUGGUGGAGGAGGAGGAAGAGGUCUUGGUGGAGGAGCAGGAGGUGGAGGAGGACUAGGUGGAGGAGCGGGAGGUGGAGUAGGUGGUGGAGGAGGUCUUGGGGGAGGAGCAGGUAGUGGAGGAGGACUAGGGGGAGGAGCAGGUGGUGGUGUUGGUGGUGGUGCUGGAGGAGGUGUUGGUGGAGGUGGUGGCUUUGGUGGUGGUGGAGGAGGAGGUGUAGGUGGAGGGUCAGGUCAUGGUGGUGGAUUUGGAGCAGGAGGUGGUGUAGGUGGUGGCGUUGGAGGAAGUGCGGGAGGUGGAGGAGGAGGAGGAGGCGGUGGUGGUGGAGGAGGAGGUGGCGGUCUUGGAGGAGGGUCAGGCCACGGUGGUGGAUUUGGUGCAGGUGGUGGAGUUGGAGGUGGAGCUGGUGGAGGAGUAGGAGGAGGAGGAGGAUUUGGAGGUGGUAGUGGAGGUGGAGUAGGAGGAGGAUCAGGUCAUGGUGGUGGUUUUGGUGCGGGUGGAGGUGUAGGUGGUGGAGCCGGGGGAGGACUAGGAGGAGGAGGUGGACAUGGUGGUGGAAUCGGAGUUGGAAUUGGAAUUGGUAUUGGAGUUGGUGUUGGUGCUGGAGCUGGCCAAGGUGUUGGAGUAGGGAGUGGGUCAGGUAGCGGUGGUGGUGGUGGUAAUGGUCGAUGA